AUGGAGAAAGGGCGCGUCGUCGCUGCUAUGCCUGUCGAGACCUCGAGUCUCGAUGAACGUGCAAUAUCCCCAAGACCAUUAGAAUCUCACUCGGAUGAUAGUCUGCCUCAUCGAGUAACUUCGAAGUGUAGGGCGGAUCGACCGUCAAUUGCCCAGCAUGGCAGCAUAUCACCAAGGACAGCUGCUAUCUUUGCCAGAUUGCCCACAGAAGUCAUUGAAUUAAUAUUAUGGUUAUCAGACUCGAAUACUUUCGCAUCACUAGUUUUCCUUAAUCGCCAGUGGAAUCUGGUCUCCCAAGAUGCAGCGCUAUAUGCCCAUCAUCUGUCCAGAUGUCCGUCGUAUGCAUUGGCACACGAUGUCAUCACUGGAUCAUCGAGGCUGAAUGAUCUGACAUGGUUAAAGGCAAAGUUUGCGCAAGAAGUACGACGAAAUCUAUUUGAUGCGUUCAUGCAACCUUCUGAGACCCUAGUGAACCUCAUCUCUACCAGUGCCAGCUCUUCAGCGGCUUUCCCUCGUGGCGAGGCUCUACGGUUUAUCUUCUCCAGUCAUGGUCAGACCCUGCUGGCCUUAAGCUCUUCGAGAAUCUUCCUUGUAGAUCUGCUCUCGGAGCCUCUGGCGGUGACACGAGAGUUGAAGACCAUGAGAAGACCUGAAACCGCUGCCGUCACAAACGAUGGAUCCCUGCUGGCGGUGCUGUCGACAAAACAUCAGGCGAACAUAUACGGCCUGACUUCGGCCGGUGUCAACCAUUUACAGAUCAUCAUACUGGACAAUCCACCAAGAACAAUAGCACUUGCGAAUGAGGGUACAGUGCUAGCAGCCGCUUACGAAGGAGGAGUUGAGGUCUUCUCCCUAGCCGCAAAUGCGCUAUCGACCGACAGGAGAGCAGUCAGAUGCGAAGCGGUAGAUUCCUUGUCCUUUUCGUCUGAUGGGUCAAUGCUCAUCGGCAGCUCGCAUGACACCGAUGAUUCGAACACCGUGAUAAUCACCGCUCCUUUCUACUCCGAGAACGACCCCGACCUUACGACAAGCAUUCUGCACAGUCGUAUGUGGACCACACAGAUACUCUUUCCGCAAAACAGCUCGACCUGCAGUCACGCAGCACUUUUAAACUCCCACGGCGAGGGAGAUAUCAAUUGGCUAUUUGUCUAUGAUCGGUCUCUGAACACCUACCGUGCCGUUCGAGCCGAUGAUACCAGAACUGGAGUGGCAUACUUCCUUGGGCCAAACCCACAUCGGCACAGCAUUGCCUUACCCAACAUGCUACCAUCUAUCAAUCUGAGUGGCGAAUUGGCAGUGGCGGGAUUUGCCGGGCUGGGUCUGUUCAUCUACGGGAUUCCCGAACGAGUCGACAAUGCACCCGAUAUGCGCCAUGUUCUUGAACGGGAGGAACGCUCGAACCGGAGAUGGCCCAUGUCGUUGACUUCGGCAACGGGAUAUCGCGAACCCUUGAUGGCCUACUCACCUCCAAUCUCCGAGACAGAGACAAUCGAGGACGAUUUCUUGUCAGGUAGCGUAGACUGGCGACAGAGUCUGUUUGUGAGAUCUCGGCAGCUGCCUGCUCUCCAGGACGCAGUAGGGCUGAUAUGGGUUGAGAAUUCCAACACGGCCGGGACGAAGCAAAUAAGGAGAAGACUGGCAGUAGUAGCACCUGGAGGCGUCAGUGAGUUUGCGGAAGAACUUGGCGAAGAGAUCAUGCCUGUAGAUGGCGGUAGGAUUCUUCUGCUGGACUUUGAUUAUGCUCCCCGGGGCCGGAAAAAGCGAACCAUAACUAUUGAAGUUGGGGAGAAGACACCCGAAAUGCUUCCAGAGCAGCGACGGAACCUGGACGCCGAGGUUGCCCUAGUCAGGCGUCGGAGUAUUCGAGAAGCCGUUGGCGGAUCGCGGCGGUUGAGCCUUGGUAGCUCAACGACUGGUUUAAUCUCUCCAUUGGCACGGAUGAGCACGCAUUUUGAAGAUGCAGGGUCGAGAGGCAGCGUGUCUCAGCCAUCGUCACCUGUGGAUGGACCGAGUGCAGGCGAUGGAGCGGCUACAAAUGGCAAUCGUUCUCGUCGCAGCAUAGGCAAAUCGCGAGAGAGCCUUCAACGUGCGGUCACGUCUACGGGUGUCAGCCGUGCACGAUAUCCUCCCCGUCCACCACUAGACUCGAGUCAGGGCGCUGCCUCUGGACAUGUUGUGUAUAGACGCACGAAUGAGCGAAGGGAACCACACGAGGCAGUGGUAGACGAUUGGGAACCUCCGCCCCCGUACUCACAAAAUCCAGACCGUGCUUUAUCUGAUUCGGGAGAACUUCAGAUGGCGGCCAGGACAUUUACUGAGCCGCUACACAGAUCAGCUCAAGCAUUGAUCUCACCACGGCGUGCCAGCACAACCUCUGGAGAGCUCACCGGACCGUCAGCGCCCUACCGUGAGACAAGCAAUCUGAACGAUCUGAAUGGACGUCAUCAUAGAGGUCUAAGCGAUGCCUCAUUUGAUACACCCGGUCCCAGUCCUGCCCCAAGUCCUCGUCGAAGAAGUGAGCAUUUCUCGAGGAUACAGUCUCUCGCAUCUUCCGUGAGCCCUCUCUCCUCACCCAGGUCUACUUGGGCACCUGGGAGACAAACUUCGGAGUCAUCCAUCCGAAUGGCUGCGAACAUCCUGUCACCGAUGCCUGAUCUUCCACACCCACCAAGAUCUCCCGGAGAAUUAGCAGCACCUUAUGUUGCUCCAUCAGACGUCUCGUCCAUCACACCACCUGCUUCUUCUGUCAAGGAGGGCAAUUCUCCCACCACAUUAACAGGAGCCAACCUUCAAAACCGACUCAACCACCCUGUACCACCAAGACCUUCUCAGUUGAGUCAGGAGGCGAGCGCAACUUACAUUCCGACAUCUUUGCAAGUCGGAAAACGACCGUCUCCGACGCUACUUCGUCCUAGUCCUAAUAGCGACAGCGAACCUUUCACUCUCCCACCGCCAACAUCAGAUCAGUUGGCUAAUCUGAACAAGCGUGUAUCUCAGACUCGCCGUCGACCCGUUCCCAUCAACACUUCUCAGCAUCGUAUGGGGGGUGUUUCGGGCCAAGACUUUGCUGUUGUGCCCCCAUCUCCUCCUCGUGCAGCUUGGGGUGCCGCUGGAGUGCCUGGAUCCCCGUCUUUCAACAAGGCAAGCAGAUCUCCCCAAACCCUGUCGAGGAACAACUCCCGUGGCAGUCAGCGGUCGGCAUCUACACCAAGCUUGCUUUCUUCACGCCCCAGAUAUGAUCGUCUGGAGACGAUCGAGAGCGUACGAUCGGUACCUCCCCAAGAGCGAGCAAGGAGUAGGUCCCAGGUUAUGAUGGAUCGACCACAUCUAAUGGAGUCCAUCGCUGCCGCGCAGCAGAGGAGAGUUGCAACGGAUCCCAAAGCAGCGAAGAGUAGGAAACAACGCAGAGCUGAUAAAGAGGCUGAUGAGCGAGCUCGUGAUGGGAAAAAAUGGAGAGCAGGUCGCUGCAUUGUAAUGUAG